AUGGCAAACAUUGAUAAAGCUCUAAUGGCUUUAUCAUUGGAGGAGGAGGAGGAUACACCGUUUGUUAUGCCGAGCGAUCCAAAGUAUUGCUCGAGCGAGAGGAAUGUGAUGAGCAUCAUGGGUAGAACUCUCAACCCGGAAUGUCAAAACAUGUCUGAUCUUAUACUGGAUAUGCCAAGGAAGUGGCAAGUAUACGACAGAGUGAGAGCUGUGGCUUUGACUAAGGAUAGGUUUCAGUUCAUAUUCAAGUAUGAACAUGAUCUGGAGGAGAUUCGCAAUAUCCCGUUGAACUACUAUACGGAGGCAGCGAUAUAUGAUUUGGCAGAUCUUAUAGCGGAGGUUAAGGAAAUAGCGUUUGACCCUGAGAAACCGCAAAGUAAGGACUAUGUUCGUGUGAAGGUGAAUUUCGAUGUUUCACAGCCAGUAUGA